AUGAGUCAUUAGUGUCCUGUAGCCAAAGAAAUGCAAACUGAAUUUUUGGUGGCACCUAAAAUUAUUAAUGUGCAUGUUAUAACAUGUGAAAAGACCACUUUUGGCGUCGCUGGAUUGAUUUUAAGAGCUACGUAGGAUCAGACCCUCAUAAUGUCGUCCGUCAGUAUCACCGCCUCAGUGUCAGAGGAUAAUUUCCAGUGUUCAAUCUGUCUGCAAGUCUACAGUGACCCGGUCACCACACCAUGUGGUCACAACUUCUGUAAGACCUGCCUCAGUGGGCACUGGGACAACAGCGAGUUAUGCCACUGCCCAACUUGUAAUAAAAGAUUCCACGCGAGGCCCGAGGUCUCCACAAACACCGUCAUCGAGGAGAUUUCAGUCCAAAUAAAGAGGAGAAAAGUGGAGACACGGGAAAAUAUUGACGUGCCGAGGUGUGUGAAGUGUGAUGUGUGCACAGGAGAAAAGAUCGAGGCCCAGAAGUUGUGCCUGGUGUGUCUGACGUCGUACUGUGAAGCUCACCUGGAGCCUCACCGGAGAGUUCCCUCCCUGAUGAGACACAAACUGAUCGACCCGGUGGAAAACCUGGAGGCGAGGAUCUGCAAGAAGCAUGAGAAGAUACUGGAGCUGUUCUGCAGACACGAGCGGGUGUGCAUCUGUCAGCUGUGCAGCGAAACAGACCAUAAAGGCCACGAGACGGUGCCCGUGGAAGAAGAAGGGGCUCUAUGGAAAACAAAAGUGAGAUCCAGAAAAGCAAAGAUAAAAACGAUGAUCGAGGAAAGACUGGCAAAGACAAAGGAAUUCAGAGUUUCUUCAGUCAUGAGCAGAGAGAAAGCGCACAUAGAAAUGGAUUCCAGUGACAAGCUCUUCAAUACGCUGAUGAGUCAAAUACAAGUGAUGCAAACUAAGCUAAAAUCGAACAUCGAGGAAAAGCUACGGAAAUCCCAGAAGAGAGACAAAGCCAUGAUUUGCGAGUUGCACCAGGAAAUCGCAGAACUGCAGAGAAAGCAGGAGGAGCUGGACGAGCUUUCACAAAAUGCCGAUCCUCUUCAGUUUCUGCAGGCCCUGAGCAACACACUGAUGACCAAAGACUGGACAAACAUCAGGAUUUACCCCGACCUGUGUGUGCAGUCCAUCAGGAGAGCCAUGUCACAUCUCAUGGUCGCUUUUCAAGCAGAACUGAAAACUCUGACAAACACAGAACUGACCAGAAUGAGACGAUAUAAAGAGUCAGUCACCUUUGACCCAGCCACCGCUGGUAGCUGCCUUGUGGUGUCCGAAUUGGGGAAACGUCUGAAGUUCUCCAAAACGGCGACGACCACACACUCUGCAGACUCAGCGAGGUUCGACAGUCCCAUAGUUUUAGGGACGAAGGGUUUCACCUCUGGGAGACACUACUGGGAAGUCCGCGUGGGCCUUAGGAAUGACUGGUUUGUCGGUGUCGCCAAGGGAACUGUACCCAGAACAGGGAUGGUGGCUGUGACUUCAAGAAAUGGCUUCUUUGCCAUAGGAAAGAAGGGUUUUGACUAUCAAGUUAACUGCCCACUGUGCACUAUCCUCCACUUGUGUCCCAGGCCCAGAAAUGUCGGCAUUUACGUCGACUACGCGGAAGGACGAAUCUCCUUCUACGACGUAGAUGAGAAGCUACACAUUUACUCUUUCAAACUAGAGUCCUUUGCGGAGAAAAUGUUCCCGUGCUUUUAUCUUUACAGCAGGGCGACAAAAUCUCAGGCCUUGGUCAUAACGUCUGUUGCCACACUCAUGUCAGAGCCUCCAAAGUGCUGCAUCUGCCUGGACGACUUCACCAACCCUGCCUUACUCCCCUGUGGACACAGCUUCUGUCUGGGCUGUAUCGGAGAAUACUGGAGGAUCCACGGGGCUUGUCAGUGCCCUCUCUGCAUGACCCACUUCCCCACCAGACCACAGCUGAAAACAUGCCACACAACACACCCUGAAACCCCAGCGACGCCUUUAAAAGCCGGGGAGGUUCCCUGUGAUCUCUGCACGGCCACGAAACGGCCCGCGGUCAAGUCGUGCCUGGUGUGUCUGGCCUCGUACUGUGACACUCACCUGGAGCUACAUUACCAGAGUGAAGAUCUUGGGCGCCAUCUUCUGAUCAGUGUGGUGAAGAACUUGGAGGAGCCUGUGUGCAGAGUGCACGAGAAGCCUUUAGACCGGUUCUGCAGGAGUGACCAGACAUGCAUUUGUGCCAUGUGCACUCAGACCGAGCACAGAGGUCACCACAUCAUCCCCAUUUACAGGGAAGCUGCAAAGAAGAAGGUGAAGCUAAAACGGAGGAGGACGAAGCUUCUGCAAGCCAUUCAAGAGAGACUAAGCAAAGUCGAGAAAAUCAAGCUGUGCGUCGGCCGCAGUGGAGAAAACCCGGCAGAGGCGCGGGCGGAAAAUAAAGAGCUCGUGCAACAGCUGGAGGAAGAAAUCUGCGAUCUGCAGAGGGAGAACUCUGAGCUGGAGCAACUCUCACACUCCGAAGAUGACCUGCACUUCCUGCAGGUACUUUCUACAAGAUUGUGUAGAGCAAAAGCGUUUGAUGCCCGACACUGCACAGCCCUUGUGAACUCAGCCCAAUCUGGCAAGGACCAACUACAGAAACUCCAAAAAAAGGGGGAACCAAUCACAAACAUUCCCCCCCGCACACUAAAGACAGAUAUGGCCUCUGCUCCUGCGUCCCCCAGUGAAAGCAGCUCCUUGGAGAACCAUCUAAAAUGCUCCAUAUGCAUGGAAACAUUUACGGACCCUGUCACUACAGCUUGUGGCCACUCCUUCUGCAAGAUGUGUCUGGAGUUCCACUUUAAGUACAACGACAGAGUGUGCCCCCUGUGCAAGACGCCCAUUACCAGAACCUUGGAUGUGAACAUCGUCUUGAGAGAAAUUGUCCAAAAUUGUCCAAGUGAUGAGAAGAUGAAAAACCUGGAAGCAAAAGACGACGAAGUAGCAUGCGACAUUUGUACAUCACCAAAGCUCAAGGCUGUGAAAUCCUGCCUUGUGUGUCUCGCCUCGUAUUGUUUGAACCACCUGAAGAAUCAUUCCUCAACUGAAAGGCUGAAGGGCCACAAGUUGGUGGCACCUGUGGAGGACCUGGAUGAACGGGCCUGUCUGAAACAUGGACGUCCCUUGGAGCUGUACAGUAGGAAGCAGCAGCAAUGCAUUUGUGUUGGCUGUCUGGAAGAAGAUCCGCAGGGGGUUGUCUCCACUGAAUAUGAAUGGGAGAAGAAGAAGAUUAAACUUCAGAGUGUGAAAAGUGAAUUGGAAACACAAAUUAACCGGAGAGAAAAAAAUCUGCAGAAGCUUAAUCAAUCUCUUCAGGUCUGCAAGAACCAGAUGGAUAAUGAGUGGUGGGACAUUGAUAAUGUGUUCAGUACUGUGAUCGCUAUUGUGGAGGAGGCUCAAGAGAGAGCUCUUCAGCCACUGAGAGACCGGAGGCAAGUCAUGGAAAAAGAGGUAGAUGAUCUCAAACAGAAGCUGAAAGCAGAGAUCAGACGCUUCCAGAAAAAUAUCACUGACCUGGAUGGUAUAGCUACCCUUGAGGAUCACAUCCAUUUCCUACAGGAAUGGCCGUGUCUUGAAGACCUGGUGGACACCAAGGACUUUGUGGAGGUAGAGUUCGACACAUCACUGUGUUUUGGGACAAUCAGAAAAACCACAACGAUAAUGAUGGAGAGAGUUCAAGAGGAGCUUGACAAGCUGAACUCCAUCGAACUUAAGAGAGCUCCAAAGUUUACAGUGGAUGUAAAGCUGGAUCCAACCACUGCGCACCAACGCCUUGUCGUUUCUGAGGAUGGGAAGGAAGUGAAAGAUGGAGGGAAAGACCAGAAAGUUGACGAUUCACCGAAGAGGUUUGACAUGUUUGGUAGCAUCCUGGGUGUCAACAGCUUGAGCUCCGGGAGGUCUUACUGGGAAGUGGAGACCAACAAGAAGACCGGGUGGGACCUGGGUGUGGCGAGAGUUGACGCAAACCGCAAAGGGAAGCUCUCAUUGAACCCAGACAACGGUUACUGGGUGAUCGUUCAUUACGGAGACGAAAAGUUUGCAGCUCUGACAGCGCCGCCACACGGGCUUUCCCUGCAAGAGAAACCUCAGAGGGUGGGAGUGUUCGUGGAUUACGAGGAAGGACUGGUCUCUUUCUACAAUUUGACAACUCAGUCUCACAUAUAUUCUUUCACAAAGUGUUCAUUCACCGAAGAACUUCUCCCGUAUUUCAGUCCACACCAGAAACAAGAUGAUAAAAACAGCAAUCCUUUGAUUAUUUCUCCUGUGAAUGGGACAUGGACGCGAACGAUGUCGGGAUCAGUCGUCUCUGGAAUUAGCCUCGUGGGGCAAGGGCCAAUAAUAUUCAACACGUCCAACAUGAGUCUGCAGACUUGCUCCUACUGUGGCUGGUCCAAAAUCACAACCUACCAGGGCCUGAGAACUCACCAGGGGAAAAUGGGAUGCACACCAAAGGGAUUGCAGAUCCCAGAGAGUCAGCAGUUCUCAACGGGUCACUACCUUCGUCAGCUCACCUUUGGAAGCCCAUUUAAACUGACGGAGCCAGUCAUCUUCAAUACUCCAAAGAAAUCUGACAAGAGCCUCCAGGUUUGCUCCUGCGGCUGGUCCGAAAUCACAACCCACCACGGCCUGAGAACUCACCAGGGAAUAAUGGGAUGCACGCCAAAGGGAAUGAAGAUCCCGGAGAGCAAGCAGAUCACAUCUAAGGGCUACCUUCCUGCGAUUACCUUCCCAGGAUCAAAAAUUGAACUAGAAGAGCCGUUGACGGACAUCUUCGCUACUUCUAUGAGGUCUAACAUGAAGCGCCAGGUUUGCCACUGCGGCUGGUCUGAACUCACGACCGACCAGGGUCUGAGAAUCCAUCAGACGGAAUGCAGGUCGAAGGGAGCGAGCGUUGCAAAGAGCGACGAGUACAACUGGAGAAAUCUCUCGGUCAAAAACGAGAGCGUCCCUGCAUCUCCAAACCUCUUUGAGGUUACCCUAACCAAUACAGCCACUGAGGCCUCAGUGAUGGACAUGAUCCAGUCAAUGGUUGGGAAUCAGCAGGACGCAGCAACAAUAAACCAAGCCUUUCAAUUCAACACUGGUAAUGAGCCUGUCUUCGUGUCCCAGACUGUCAGUACCCAAAUUUACCCUGCAUUUGCUAACGUGACAGUGAAGGGGGCAAAUGAAACAUUCUUCAAGACUCCUCCUCCUCAGUCGUCACAACCAAGUACCAGUAAAUUUGACAGAGCUCGCAGAGGGCUUGAUUUUUCCGCUGGUGCACAGCAGGUGCAGGUGCAAGAGAGGCAGAAGCCUCCAAUGACUACAACUCAGGAAAGAGUCAAAUGUCCUGAAGAGAAGGAGAAGGAAGCUCAAAAACUGCUAAAGGCAAAACAAGACUAUAGGAAAGCGGAGAUACUGCAGCACAUUCACAUCAGGAAGAACAAGGUGGCCGAAGUCACAUCAUCCGUAAAAAGCUGCAAGAUUAACUUGGAUGCCGAGUGGAUGGAGAUUAACAGUGUGUUCAUGGAGGUGAUGCAAAUUGUGGUGGACGCUCGGCAGAAAGCUCUUCAGCCUCUGGAGGACAGGAGACACAAGUUACAGACGGAAGCGAGCGACCUCAUCCAGAAGCUGGAGAGAGAAAUUGGUAAACUGAAAAAGACCAUAGAUGAAUUGGACAUCAACCGAGACUUGCAGAUUUCUCUGGACAGAAGUUUGACAAAUGUAAGUGUCGACACUUCAUUCUCCUUUGGUUCCCUGAGAACUACAACGUCAACCAUGAUGGAACAAAUUCACCAGAAACUUGACAAACUCUCGUCUGUUGAACUCAAGAGAACUCCCUCGUUUUCAGUGGACAUACGACUGGACCCACUCACUGCUCAUCAGUGCCUUGUUCUCUCGGAUGAUGGGAAGACAGUCAGAGAUGGAGGAAAUUACAGAAACGUUCCGAACACUCCGGAGAGGUUCGACCUGUUUGGCAGCGUCAUGGCGGUCAACAGCUUGACUUCGAGAAGGUCGUACUGGGAGGUAGGGGUCAGCAACAAGACCGGGUGGGACCUGGGUGUGGCGAGACGUGACGCAAACCGCAAGGGGGAGCUCUCGCUGAAACCGGGCAAAGGUUUCUGGGUGAUUGUACAUUACGAGGAGAGAAAUUACGCCGCUCUGGCGGCGCCACCUGUCAGCCUUUCUCUGAAUGUGAAACCGCAGAAGGUGGGAGUGUUCGUGGAUUACAAAGAAGGCCUUGUGUCCUUCUACGACGCAAUCGCUCAGUCUCACAUAUAUACGUUUAAGAACUGCUCAUUCGGCGGCGAGAUUUUGCCGUAUUUCAGUCCACAUCUUACACAAAAUGGCAAAAACUCAGACCCUCUGAUUAUCUGUGCCGGGAAAAGUAGUAGAGCUUAAAUUUAGAUUUUUUUUUUUAAAGGAUAGAUGGUGACUUUUACAUAUAGAGAACAAAUAUUGAGAAAUUGUCUGUGCAUUCAUAUUCAUAUGCCACACACACUUUAUCAUACAAGACUAGAAAAGCAAUGCAAAAUCAACCUAUUAUACAUUUUUGAAAAUCAACGUUUUAUUUUUAUCUAAUGUAUUCACACAACUAGAUGAUUAGAUUUAAAAAUACAAGCUUUUUCUUCAUCUACAUUUUUCUUUACUAUAAAUUGUAUAUUGUUUAGAUUGUUUAUUGGCAGUAUUAUUAGGAAAUGUCUUUUGUAAAUCAUGAUUUAAAUGGCUGUUGAAUAUAUUUUUUUAAUGGUUUGGUGUUGGCUUUAAAGAAAUUAAAUAAAAACUAUUUUUG